AUGCUGCUGCACAACAAGGUUCCCUUGAGGAAGGACACUGACAAAAUACCUAAAAGUUUUACUGUUAGCCUUUCUCCAGAGGGACGUCUGGCCUUUUACAAGGAUAUUUUGCCAGAACAAAUCCAUUAUCAACUGUGUGACACCGAUUUCCAAGAAGCAUCCUAUUGUCAGUAUUCUACUGCUCAGUUCCCUCCAGCUUUACAGUCGCCAUCUUUUCAAAGCCAUUUCAAUACAUAUGGCUUGGAUCCACAGUACGGUAGUGGUGGUUGGUGUGGACUUGAUGCCUGUGAAGCAAGUCAGUCCACUUACAUGUUUGUUCACGAUGAUGAAGAUGGAUUCCCUGGGAUACAAAGGUCCAGACCAACUUGUUCGUUACGCUGGAAGGGACAAGAUGAGCUCUGCGUGGUCUGUGGUGAUAAGGCAUCAGGAUAUCACUACAAUGCACUAACCUGUGAAGGCUGCAAAGGUUUUUUCCGACGUAGCAUCACCAAAAAUGCAGUUUACAGUUGCAAGAAUGGUGGCCACUGUGAAAUGGAUAUGUAUAUGCGCAGAAAAUGCCAAGAGUGCAGACUGAAAAAGUGUAAGGCGGUGGGGAUGUUGGCAGAAUGUUUGCUCACAGAGAUCCAGUGUAAGUCAAAGAGACUUCGUAAGAACUCCAAGCAGAAGAUUGCCCUUUACUCUGACCUGCAAGUGGAAGACGAAGGCACAGAUAGCAAGCUUGUAUCAUCCACCACGAGAUAUGGAAAAGGGGUUCAGGAAAGCUUGGCACUAACUCAAGAGGAACAUCAUCUUAUGAAUACCAUAGUGACUGCCCAUCAAAAAUUCAUGACUCCUUUAGGGGCAGCAAGUCUGCUUCUGCAGGAGUAUUCCAACCCUGAAGUAAGUUUUCUGAGACUCUCAGAGGCAGCAGUUCUAAACAUACAGGGGCUGAUGAAUUUUACCAAGGGACUGCCAGGAUUUGAAAAUUUAACCAAUGAGGACCAGACUGCAUUACAGAAGGAGUCAAAAACUGAAGUGAUGUUCCUUCAUGUAGCUCAUCUUUACAGUGGGAAAGAAUCAACCUCUGGAAGUAUUAUGAGACCAUCAAAGCCCUCAGCUCGUACAAGGGAGGUGCAUAAUCAGAGCAGUGAAGAAAAUGUUUAUUCUUUGGAAAACUUUUUCAAGCAAGGCAGUUCUUCUGCUACUCUAACUGGCAUUACUGAAGAAUUCGUUACCUCACUAACUUACUUCUACAGAAGAAUGAGUGAACUCAAUAUAACAGAUACGGAAUAUGCUCUGCUUACAGCAACAACAGUGCUUUUCUCAGAUCGUCCUUCCCUUAAGAAUAAGCAGCAAGUAGAAAACCUACAAGAACCAGUUCUACAACUUUUGUUCAAGUAUUCAAAACUGUACCACCCAGAAGAGCCACAGCAUUUCGCUCACCUCAUAGGGAGGCUUACUGAACUGAGAACCCUGAGUCACAGGCACUCAGAAAUCCUCAGCACCUGGAAAACAAAGGACCCCAGACUGGUUACAAUACUCUCUGAGAAAUGGAAUUUGCACUCAUUUAACUGAAAAUUUAGAAUGUUGAGAUUUGUCUUAAAAUUUCAAAAUCAAUAUUGGAUGACUAAUUUGACAACAGUAAAGAAAACCAUUGUGUUAUCAUACAUCGCCAUAAAAUGGAGAUCCUAAGGGUCAUCAUUUGGAUUUGGAUUCUCGGCAGAGGAACACCCUAGGAUUCUUCCCAAUGGAGCUGUGUGGUGGCACAAUCCCCUUGCUUGGGAGAUACAGCAGGGUGAUCCCAAGUUUAAGGCCAUCCUGGGCCGCAUCUCAGAAGAAGAAAGAGGAGAACUGAUGGCUAUUGCUUUUUCAUGAGUCGUCACCUGAAGAAACUUUUUUUUCAUUUAGCUGACAAUAUCUAAUGUACAAACAUGAACAAAGGUUAGUUGUAUUAGGAUAAGGCAGUGCGUAUGCCUCACCUUAAGGACACACGGAUGGAAUGAGAAGCUGAUGCCUAAAGCUAUCUUGUCACAGUAUUUCAUGACUGAUUAAAGAGGAACAACACCUUUCAAAUUGUAUCUGCUUUGUAUUUUUAAUAAGUAUAUGCUAAUUACACAAAACAUGGAGUUUCAUUAUGAAAAUUUCAUACAUGUAUAUAUUUUAGUUGUAUUUACCACACACUCUGUAAUGCCCAUAUAUUACUGAUGCCCUUCUUGCACCCCGGUAGUCCCCAUCUACUUCUGUGUCUUAAAACAAUAGAUUCACACAUGCAAGCAAACAUCUGAUUCUAGUCUGAGUCUGAUUUAUCUCCUUUAACAUGAAGAUGUCCAUCUAUUUCUCUGCAAAUUACAGUUUCAUUCCUCUUAAGGACUGGAUUGUGUGUGUUUAUCUGUAUAUAUCACAUUUUAUUUAUCCAUCCAUCCAUCUGUUGAUGGCACCUAGCUUGAUUCCAUAUCUUGGCCACUGUGAAUAGUGCUGUAAUAAACAUGACUAUGUAGGUGUUGUGA